AAACUGUAUCUUAUUGCACCUAAUAUGACGUCCAUGAUUGCUUUGUCAUAGAUACAUUUUCAUGUAUAGAUUCGUCUAAUUAAAAAAACAAACAAAACGUUAUGCUAAAAAUUACAUCAACUGCAAAAUAUAGGAAGUGAAAUAAGUCAUUCUUCCACCGACAAUAAACAAAUAGAUCUAUUACGUAUGUAUUUAAUACAAACCUGUAUUCAGUGUUGAGUGCUCAACGCGUUAGUCGACCGAUCACACGACCUCCAGCGCUGAAUUACGAACGUUCGUUGAAAAAACUCAAUUGAAAGGUUUAGUUAAAAAAUACUAGAAUAUUUUUUUUUAAUUAAUUUAUCAACGAACGACAAUAAUAAUAUGAUGCCUCUACAGUUCCAGAUGUCUAUAUUACGCGCUAUAGCAGUAUUCUUCAGUGUAUUGAUGUUCGUGAGUUUAUGCGGAUCUCAAAUAAUAAUGCCGGGACAAUGCCCAGACGUCAAGGCUAUGGAAAAUUUUGACCCCGCUCGGUAUUUAGGAAAAUGGUAUGAAGCUGAGAAAUAUUUCUUUCUGUUUGAAUUCGGAGGGAAAUGCGUCACGGCCGAUUACAAACUACGAGAUGAUGGAGCCAUUCGGGUUCUUAAUAAACAAAUAGAUAUAUUCUCAGGUAUCCAAAAGGAAAUAAAAGGGGAAGCGACGCAAGUCGGUCGUUCUGACGAAGCCAAGCUGUCAGUCCGGUUCCCUACCCUACCGGUCGAUGUAGCAGCCCCAUAUUGGGUUGUGGAUACCGACUAUGAUAAUUACGCAGUCGUUUGGAGCUGUUAUGAGUUUGGAAUAUUUCACACAGUUAACUCCUGGAUAUUAACGAGACAACAAAAUCCACCAAAAUCUGUAUUGGACGCGGCUUACGACGCGAUCGAUAAGAAUCGAAUCAGCCGAAAAUUCUUCCUGAAGACUGAUCAAAGUGAUUGCACUAAUUUCGACGAAUAAAGACAUAUUUCUGAUUUGUUAAUUUAAGAAUUUUAAUUUAAGUGCCAUCUAUUUGUCAGAUUAAAAAUAUUACGUCGUAGCUUCAAUGCGUUUGGACAUAAGAGAAAUAGUUGUAAGCGAUUGUUCCAAUUGUCAAAUAAUGCUUAAAUACUAAGUGUUGUGGUUUAAAUAGUGUAUACACGUAUAUGCUAAGCAAAUCUAACAAAAUCAUAGAGAGAAUAUUGUUCUGAAAUUGAAUAACCUGGUUAUUCACUGCCAUCUAUUGAGCGUUUAAGUAAAUUUUUGUGUGUUUAUAAAUGAUCUCGACCAUUUUUUCUUUUUCUUACCUAAACUGAGAGCCUUGAGAGGCUACGUCAGCGUAACCUAAGAGCUCACGAGGUUCAAGCUUGACGACAAUGCUAACACUAACCCUAUCGAGAGCAGUGCUUCGCAGAAUCUACCACCGGUUCGGAAAAGCGACCCGCUGAGAAGAUCUGGCGAGAAACUCAGCGAGCUGAUGCAUGGGUUAGGUUACAUGUCGAAAUCUUUGUCGAGUUGGAUGAGUACGGUUACCGGGGUCCCUAAGCCGGCACCCACCUGAGCGGGUAUACAAUAUAACCCUACCACCGCUGUUCUCUAUAGGCUACAGUCACCACGUAACAACAGAUGAUCUGUAGGUUCGUCUGCCUAUUACGUAAAUAAAAAACCAAGAGAGUUCAGCACGAAAUGAAAACGAUUUCUUUAAUUAGACCAAUUAUAAUUUUAUUCUCAACUUAAAUAAAUUAAAGCCUUCACAA